UCAUACUAUUCCACUAAUGAAUUGGCCUGUAAGCUGUUGCCCUGCCUCUCUUUCGCUUUGGUCGACCUUGAUCGUGGAGUCCGAGAGAAUGCUUUCAAAGCGGUCCAUGGGAUACUUGAACGACUAGAAAAGGCUCACGAGAUUCCUGAGCUUGAAGAGUCCGAAGACUCCACUGAGCAAGCCACGAUCGGCUUAUCUCGAAGCUCGCUCGCAGUGACUGCCGGCAGCCAAGCCCUGGCACACUGGGCCGCCUCUGCUCUAGCUUUCUCCACGCUCCUCUUGCAACAAGCCAGCAACGUAGUUCAGACAUCAUUCACUACUCCGGCCAGCACUAAUUCGCCUGAAUCACAGACAGACCCUGCCCCGAUAGACACUGUAAAAUUUCCAUCGGCCUCUGCAUCGCUUGAAUCUGUCACUGCGACAACGGAAGCUGCUCCCCAGUCUCGUUAG